GGUGACCCAGCUCAGCGAGGGCGUUUAGAGGAAGCUGCCUUCCAGUUGCAGCAGAUUUUCCGGAUUGACAUUUCCAUUGCAUUGAAUAUCCUCGGGAUUGAAAGUAUGAGAGCGGGCCAUUACAGGAUAGCCUAUACCUGCUUCAAACUGGCAGCAGAUCGAGGCUACAGCAAAGCCCAGUUCAACGUGGGUCUGUGUUAUGAGCAUGGCAGAGGCACGGAAAAAGACUUGGAAAAGGCAGCAUUUUAUUACUACCACGCGGCUCGCAGCUGUCACCCCAUGGCACAGUACCACUAUGCUAGGUACCUCUUAUGCCACAGACCUGAAAAUGAGUGGGAUGGGCAUCAGAAGGCAGUGACUUUCCUGGAGCAAGCAGCAAUGGCCGGGAUUACAGAGGCACAGGCUUAUCUUGGAGUUUUCUACAUGAAAGGGCUGCAACCUCAGGAAAAGAAAGGUCUGAAGUACCUGCUGCUGGCAGCAGAGAAUGGCGAUGCCCAAAGCAGGUAUCACGUGGGCGUUUGCUAUGAGAAGGGCCUUGGAGUGCAGCAGAACCUGGCAGAAGCGAUGAGACACUACCGACAGUCAGCUGCUGUGGGGAACAGGAAUGCUCAGGAGAGACUGCGAGUGUUAGAAGAGGAGGUGGAAGAUGUGCAAGCAAAGCAUCCAUUCCCUUCCGGAAUAAGACCCUCUUCCUCUAGUCCCUGUUUCUGGGCUAUUGAACGUGUGCCUGCAGGCCUCCACGCCACCCAGCCACGACAAUCUGCCCUCACCCUGCCCCACUCUAGGAGCGCAGAUGAGCUCCACAUGAUGAUGCUCGGCAGCGCAGGAUGGAGCCGUGCCCUCGGAAACAGGGCAACGCCACUGGAACUGCAGUGCUUGGAGCCCCACCACUGCUGUUCUUAGAACAG